AUGCACUACGCCACCGCCCUCGAGAUCGAAGAGAAACGCUGCGCGCCUUUGCCGCGCGUCGUCAUCGGCUGCUGGCAGCUCCUCGAGCGGGACAAUUCGCGCGACGCGGCGGUGCGGACGUUAGAAGCCUACGCGGCCGCGGGCUUCACUGCCUUCGACACGGCGGACAUCUACGGCCCGUCCGAGUCGAUCCUGGGCGCGUUCCGCGAAGCCCACGACGGCCCGCUCACGUUCCACACGAAGUACGUCACGCAGGACAGCUCCAAGGCCAACGCCGUCGCCGUGAACAAGCAGAGCCGGAAGAGUUUGCGGGUGGAGUCGCUGGACCUCGUCCAAUUCCACUGGUGGGACUUCUCCGACGGCGCCUACGUCGAAGCAGCGAAGCACCUCGUCGACCUACGCACGAAGGGUUUCAUCGGCGAGGUCGCCGCCUGCAACUUCGACGCGACGCACCUCGAGACGCUGCUGGACGCGGGCGUUCCUCUCGUCGCGAACCAGGUGCAGUAUUCUCUCCUGGACCGGCGGCCGGAGAACGGCGUCAUCGCGCUGGCGACGAAGCGGGGGCUCCAGCUCACGUGCUUCGGCACGGCGGCGGGCGGCUGGCUCUCCGACAAGUACCUCGGCGCGCCGGAGCCGACGCGGUCGGACGUCAGCAAGGGCACGGUGUCGCUCCGCAUGUACAAGAGCUCGCUGGACGCCUGGGGGCCCUGGAGCCUCUUCCAGGACCUGCUGAAGACGCUGCGGGCCGUCGGCGACGAGCUCGACGCGUCCAUCUCGGCCGUCGCCGUCGCGUGGGUCCUCGACGCGCUCGACCGGUCCUGCGGCGGGUCCGUGAUCCUCGGCGUGCGCGACGCGAGCCACCUGGACGACCACGUCCGGGCCCGCGACCUCGCCCUCGACGACAUGCACCGCGCGGCGAUCCGCGCGGUCCUCGACAAGGGCGCCGCGCCCCGCGGCGACAUCUGGUCCCGCGAGCGCGGGUGA